AUGCUAGAGCCAGUAGCGAUGGAAGCAGGGCGGGAAUCUCCAUUGGAACGGGCGGGCGCAAACAUGGAGGAUUUCAAGAGCUCCAGCGCAGUGGGAACGGCGGUGCGCGCUGGGCAGCAUUCCGGAAGAUCACAAGAGGACGAGCGGUGCGGGCGGCCGCGUUACCGUGCGAACGAUGCGUUUGCGGUGAAGGAGUUUGGGGCCAGCGAGGAAGCUUGGGAAGACCCAAGCUAUAUAGAGCGGCUAGGCAACUGGUCGAUGAACUACGGAACAGUCCAGGUGGCCGCGGCGCGCGCCAAAGAGAACGCGCGGGAAGACGGGGAGGCCCAGUGGCGACGUUACAUGCGGCGAGGGGGGCGGGGGACACCGCCUGGUGACUGGCACGUGAACCAGGGGCGGCCGGAGCUGGUGGUGACGACGUCGCUUUCGGACAUUUCGGUGGUGCCCACGAACACGUUUCGGCGGCAGGCGGGCAGCCCGCAGGGACGCGGUAACGCAUUCGAGCCAGCGAUGGCAGUAGCGGACUCGGACGACGACCCGGCACAGGCCGCGAAGGACGUGUUUGAGAACGUUUUGCGGCAACAGAAGUCGAACUUCUUUAGCAUGCGGGAUGUGGGAGAGCCGCGCAGCAGCGACUCUGCGGGGGACUCGGAUGCGGACUUCUUCGUGGGCGGGCGGACGGAGAGCCACCUUGACGGGUUGGGAUCGCGCACAACGUCGAGCUCGUCCUUCCACUCCGAGCCACUCUCGCCCUCGCCGCCGGGCUCGCUGGCGCGCGACUCCGAGAGCCGCCAAGCGAAGCUGAAGCUGAUAACACCCGAGGACGCAGGAAUGGUAUUCGACCACGAGAGGGGUGUGUGGGAGCCACUGGAAGGCCUUCAGAAGCGCAAUGAAUCGUCGACGAACAUUGGGGCGUCGCACACAGUCAACACCUCGUUGUCCUACGAGGAGACCGGCGAGUCGCGGACUCCCAACCACGCGGUGAGGUCCGACUCGUAUGCAUAUCAGGAUGACACGCCACUUGCGCCGCCUCAGCUUGCAGAGAAAUUCAAAAUCCCAGCCGAUAUGACUUCGACCGAGGAACGCAGCGUCGCGGCGUCCGAACAUCUGAUCUCUCAGGGGGGUCGGCCGCGAAGCUCCUACCUGGCGGGUGUGAAUGUCAGCCCUGGCAAUAUCACGGACAUCCAGCAGCUGGAGACCUCGUUCAGCCUGAGCCAAAGCGCGGUGGUGCGUGUGCUUUUGGACGUUAUCCCGAACAAGCAGGACUGGGCCAACGUUGAGGAGUUGGACUUGAGCGGGAAGCAGCUCUCGACCUUGAUCGGCCUGGACCAAGUUGUGCGCAACUGCUCCUCCUUAGAUGUGUCCAACAACGAGCUCAAUUCGUUGCAGGGCGUGCCGUCAGGGUGCAUCCACCUAAACUGUAGCAACAACGGCAUCGGUAGCUAUAUGUCGUUAACGCAUCUACCCCAUCUAGAGGCCUUGUGUCUUUCAAACAACAAGCUAAACCACAAGAAUCUCUCCCUGCUUGAGCCCUGCCGCCACUUGAAGGUAGUGGACCUCUCCUUCAACAGCAUCUCCGGGCUUCACUACCUUCCUACCAAGGCACAUGUGCAGAAGCUCAACCUAUCCCACAACAAGCUAGCCGGCGUGGUCGACUUUCUGCAGCUCUGUAAGGAGUCCAUCUCCUGGCGCCAUAUCGAAGAGUUGGACCUCUCGGGCAACAAGAUCACCUGCGUUCGCAACCUUGCAUAUCUUGUCCAUCUUCGCAUCUUACGUCUCGAUGGCAACCCCAUAGAGGUGGUUGAUGGCGAAGGCAACGCCCAGAUCCGCACUCUAACCAUGGCCAACAAUCCUGCUUUGCAGACCGUCGAGGGUUUCCCUGCAUUGCGCAUACUCAAAUGUCGUGGAGAAUCGCUCCAGUUGGUCGGCGGCUCCCUCCCAGAAACCCUAGAAACUUUGGAAAUCGUCGGCGGCUACAAAAACUCCUACAAACGGUGGAACUGGCCCGAAGUGCUCCCCAAGUACCUCCGCACACUACGACUACGCCGGAUGCAGCUAUCUGCAGUGCCACCUAUAAUCAGCAGGAUACCACUACGCUCCCUAGACCUCUCCCACAAUUGUAUUAUCAACACCACGCAACUAUUACACGCUCUUCCCAAUACUCUUCAGGAGUUGAACCUCUUCGGAAAUCCCCUCUGGGCAGCCAACGAUAGUGACAGGCGCAUGCUUGUCGAGGCAGUAAGGCUCUACAUAUUUUCGCAGCGAGGGACAUGA